AUGGAGAGUGGCAAGGCUCAUGCCGUGGCGGCUGUCGCAGUUCUGGUUCUUCUUUCUAUGGCCCUGCUCGCUGCCUCCGCCCGGCGGCCCAUUGGCGGCGGCGGUGCAGUCCAGCGUGCGGACGCCUUCCGCGCACUAGUGUUGUCCGGGAAGCAGAAGCCCGUCGGGAGCUCGCUCUGGUGCUGCAACGAUUGUGCUUACGAUGAAAGUAUUGGCGUUUACAUGUGCGGGGACCUGACACAUGAGGAGAUCCGAUGCGCCUACGGGUGCAACAGCUGCACCUGCGAAAGAUUCUUAGUCCCGCCUUGCAUCUGCCUCGAUUUCUUGAAGAGCUGUCCUCCCCCUUGCCACAGCUUCCUCUCCAUCCCCGGCAAGGACUCUGCUGUGUGA